AUGGAGGAUGAGGAUAUGCAAAAUGUUGAAAAUGAGCCACACAAUCAAUCACCAUCAAAGCUUGAUUCUCAGAAGAAGAAAAAGAAGCCAAAAGGUCCUUCAAAGGGCCUUAAAUCGAAGAGUGGGGUUCCUAGAGUGCUUGAAUGGGAUGAAUUCUAUCGGCCAAUUGGAAAGUGGGUAACAGAAUACAAAACUCAUGUUGGUGAAAUAAGUCGUGCAAAGGUGUCUAUAUUGAUUAAAGAUUGGAAAGAAGUUCCACAAGGAAUAAAAGACACUUUGUGGGAAGAUGCUAAGAGAGAGUUUCAUAUCGAAGAAGAUGAAAAAAAGAAGAAGAAGGUCCUACACACUUGUGAUCAGCGAUGGAAAGAUUUUAAAGCAAAAUUGGUUAGCGGUUGGAUCACUUGUACUAAGAAAAUGCCGGAUGACAAAAGAAUACCUUAUGAAAUUUAUGAUUUCAUAACUCCAGAUGUGUGGAAUAGUUUUGUAAAGGAGCAUAGCACGGAUGAAUUCAAGGAAAGAAGUGAGAAGGCAAGAAAGAGCCAGUCUUUCAACCAAUACCCGCAUCAUUUAGGAGCCAAGUCAUAUGGUGAAAUGGAUAUUGUAUGGAAAAGAAAAGGGUAUAUUCCUUCAUCAUCUAUUACUUCAUCUUGCUCUUCGGUUGUGUCUAGUUUGCCGGAUAGGACAUAUGCUUGGCUUUUAGCAAGAUCAAUAGAAGAUGAUAAGGGAAAUCAUUAUUUGCUUGAUCAGAAAACAAAAGAAGUGAAAGAAUCCAUUGAUGAUUGGAAAAAGCAACAAGCUGAAGGGAAAUUUGUUCCUAAUAGGAAUGAUGAUGUCUUGGCCGGUGCCCUUGGAAGAAAAGAUUGUUAUGGUCGGGCAAUAGCAUUUGGCAGUGGAGUUGGCAUUAAAGUUGUAUGGGGAUCUGGAGAGCGGCGUAGUGGCCGACGUGGUACGCAAAUUGGAGAUGUUGAGUUGGAGGAAUUAGAGGUAAGAGUAACCCAAAGGGUGCGAGAUGAGACUGUACAGGAGAUGCAGUCCAAAGUGGAUUUCAUGGUUCAAGAGAAGUUUAUGUUUUUGGCUAAAGAGAUGGGUAUUCAAAUUCCAACUAAAUUAAUGGAAUUGAAUAGCAUAGGCCAGGCUACUCCACAAAAUCGUAGUAGUUGUCACUCAGGUGGUGGUGAUGCUCCACUUGCAAACAUACAAGAUCCAUUUGCAAACAUACAGGAACCGGUUGCAUGUAAGCUAUCGUUGAUGAUUGACUCUGAGAAAGUCAUUGUUGCUGAAGGUACAUUUUAUCCAGAGUUAACCCUUGAUCAUCAUAGUAGCCUCCUACCUGAUCAUGUGAGGAUAAGUGUUGAUGAUUAUUAUGAUAAGUUCAAAGAAGUUCCAGUCCCAGUUCCUUCUGCAUUCAUAAAGAAACUCAAGAAUGCUAAUGGUACUUUUACACAAUGGCCGAAACACUUGGUUUCCCUUCUGCAUGAUAAGGAAAUCAUCCCAAACAAGAGUGAUGGCAAUAGAGAAAUGACCAAAGAAAAUGUGCAAGUCAAAAGAAAAGAGGUUGAUAGUGGUCACGAAACAAAAGAAUCCAACACCAAUCCAAAAAAAACCUUUCUUGUGGAUUUUGUGUUGGAAAACUUGACUCAAAAGUGUAGGUGUUUGAAUGAUUUCUUGCGUGGCUUAAUAUUUCAAUUUUGCAAGUUUUUAUGA